GCGGGAAGUUCGGGUCCGGAGGUGGAGGGAAUCGGGAUGGUGCAGAUUGUGGUGUCCAGUUCCAGAGAUGGGGAUCCGGGGGAGUGGAUGCUGAUGGAGCUCCAGGGGGAGAUCGAGGCCCGGAGAGAGGAUGGACUGACCGGGAAACUGAUGGGGGAUCUUCACUACACCAAGGAGAGGGUGUCCCUCCUCAUCAUUGGCCAUCACAUCCUCUAUGGGAAGACCGCACGGUUAGAGAAGCCAUUCGCUGUUCUAGUGAAGACUAGCAACGUCCACCAGGAGGAAGCUGAACAAACGGCUGUGGAGACCAAAUACAUUGUGACCGCACUUAUCAAGAAGAAGAUUAUUUUUAAGACGAGGCCAAAGCCUAUCAUCACCAAUGUUCCCAGGAAGGUGUGA